AUGAAGCACCUCCUCCUCCUCGCCAUGCUCUGCCUUUCCUUGGCCAGCAGCUUGAAAAGGGUGACCCUGAAGCGGUACCCCUCCCUGAAGAAGUCGCUGCGGGACCGUGGGCAGCUCUCCCACUUCUGGAAAUCCCACAGGCUGGACAUGGUCCAGUACAGCGAGGACUGCACUGCCUUCACGGAGGCCAACGAGCCCCUCAUCAACUACCUGGACAUGGAGUAUUUUGGGGAGAUCUCCAUUGGGACCCCCCCCCAGAACUUCACCGUGAUAUUCGACACGGGCUCCUCCAACCUCUGGGUGCCAUCUGUCUACUGCGUCAGCAAAGCCUGCGCUAAGCACACCAAGUUUCAGCCGUCACAGUCCAGCACAUACCAGGCGAUAGGGACCCCCUUCUCCAUCCAGUAUGGGACCGGCAGUCUGACGGGGGUCAUCGGAUCUGACCAAGUAGUCGUUGAGGGCCUCACCGUGAGCAACCAGCAGUUUGCAGAGAGCGUCAGUGAACCAGGAAAAACCUUCCUGGAUGCCAAAUUCGAUGGGAUCCUGGGGCUGGCUUACCCCUCGCUGACCGUGGAUGGGGUCACCCCUGUCUUCGACAACAUGAUAGCACAAAAUCUGGUGGAGCUGCCCAUGUUCUCCGUCUACCUGAGCACGAAUCCUGAAUCCUCCGUGGGAGGAGAACUGCUUUUUGGUGGCUUCGACCCCUCUCGCUUCACGGGGACCCUGAACUGGGUGCCGGUCACCCAGCAAGGGUACUGGCAGAUCCAGUUGGACAACAUCCAGCUGGAUGGGACAGUGGCUUUCUGCGUGAACGGCUGCCAGGCCAUCGUGGACACCGGGACGUCGCUCAUCACAGGUCCCACCAAGGAUAUAAAAGAAUUGCAAAACUAUAUUGGUGCCACACCUGUGGAUGGAGAGUACGCCGUGGAGUGCAGCAACCUCAACGUGAUGCCCGACGUGACCUUCACCAUCAACGGGCUCCCCUACACGCUCAGUGCCCAGGCCUACACCCUCAUGGAGUACAGCGACAACAUGGCCUUCUGCACCAGUGGCUUCCAGGGGAUGGACAUUGCCCCUCCUGCCGGACCCCUCUGGAUUUUGGGUGACGUUUUCAUCCGUCAGUUUUACUCCGUCUUUGACCGUGGAAAUAACAGGGUGGGGUUGGCCCCUGCCACCCCUUAG